AUGCACUCAGUUCGGCUCCGACACGCAUUCAAAAUGUAGUCGAACUGGGAUCGCCAGUCAAUGAUGUGGCUCACCCUGCUGGCGCUGGCCUGCAGCACCUGGCGCUGCUCCGUACCUCACGGGGACGACACCCCGGUCGGCUACUACCUCUACACGCCCGCCAAUCCCAGUCAGCCGCAGAAGAUCCAAUUGGACGAUACGGAGGCCAUCCAGGCAUCCCACUUUGAUGUCCGCCGGCCGACCAAAAUCAUCAUCCACGGCUUUUCGAAGUCCUAUUUGGAGAUACCCAACAAGGAGAUAAGGACAGCUUACCAGGCACGAGGGGCCUACAAUAUAAUCUCAAUGGACUGGUCCGAGGUGGCCGCUCUGAACUACGUGGACACGAAGCCAUUGGUUCCGUUGGUGGGCAUCCAGUGUGCUCGAUUCGUCCGCUUUCUGGCCAGGGAGUUUGGCCUGGAUUUGGCGGAUCUGGUGCUCGUGGGUCACAGCAUGGGCGCCCAUGUGGCCGGUUUUUGCGGCAAGGAGCUGCAGAAGAUUAGCCGUGGCGAGAUGCGACUGGGCAACAUUGUGGCCUUGGAGGCCGCCCUUCCCUUGUAUCGCUAUGCGAAUCCCCACGCUCGACUGUCCAACACUGAUGCGGAUUACGUGAUGGCCAUCCACUCGAAUGGUUUGCGUAAGGGGUUUCUUGCUCCCCUGGGCCACGCGGAUUUCUAUGCGAAUGGCGGUCAGAAGCAGCCAGGGUGUGGAGUGGAUUUGUCUGGCCAUUGUGCCCAUGCCAGGGUCGUUUACCUUUACGCGGAGGCAGUGCAGCAGCGAACCAGCUUUGCUCCAUUUGGACACUGCCCCAGAUACGCCGAUCUUUUGGUUAGCUUGGGUCGAUGCCAGGAACUCACUGGCGAUCUGGUGCAACUGGGCGAUCCGCUGGAGGUGAGCCAGGUGAAGGGAAUCUUCACAUUUGAAACUAAUCCAUGGUCGCCUUACGGCCGUCCUCUGGCCUAAAAUAUAUAAAACAAUUCCUAGA